CCGCCACUCGAGGCAGGAUCCACAUUCGAAUCAGCCAGCCAUGGCGGCGAGGCUAUAAAAGCCAGCGGCUUCAGCAGGCACCCCUUUCUCCUCUACAACGCUCCGCUUCUAGCCUACACAUCUACCCCUCUACUAUGAGCGCACUGACUGGAAUUGCCAAAGCGUCGAUUCGUCGACUGCACACGCGACAGCUCACGAGCUAUAUCCGGCUCUCGCCACGGGUCAGCGAGGCGCUCAAGAACAACGAGCCUGUGGUUGCGCUCGAGUCAACCAUUAUCAGCCAUGGUAUGCCGUACCCGCAGAACGUCACCACCGCGCAGCAGGUCGAGAGGAUUGUCUCCGAGUACGGCUCGGUUCCCGCCACUAUCGCCCUGAUCGACGGCAAGAUCCACGUGGGGCUGACCAACGACGAGCUCGAGCGCCUCGGCAAGAGCGGCAAAUCGGCUGUGAAGACAUCGCGGCGUGAUAUGGCAGCCGUGCUGAGCCAGAAGGUGCUCGGUGCAACCACAGUGUCGGCGACCAUGAUAGCAGCCCACAUGGCUGGGAUCCCGAUCUUUGCCACCGGCGGAAUCGGCGGCGUGCAUCGGGGCGCCGAAUCCACAAUGGAUAUCAGCGCCGAUCUGACGGAGCUCGGCAAGACACCGGUCACUGUGGUGUGUGCAGGCGCCAAGUCUAUCCUGGAUCUGCCCAAGACGCUGGAGUUUCUGGAGACCCAAGGCGUGCCGGUGGUGGCCUACGGCGAGAGCGACGAAUUCCCGGCGUUCUUCAGUCCGCGCAGCGGCCUGCGUGCGCCGUGGAACAUGCAGACGCCUGAGGAGGUCGCCAGGAUGACGAAGACGGCGUUGGAGCUGGGUCUGAGCACAGGCCAGGUCAUUGCCGUGCCCAUUCCCGAGGCCUUUGCUGAGCAGAGUGCCGAAAUCGAGCGGGCGAUCGAGCGGGCCGUAGGCGAGGCCGAGGAGCAGGGCGUAAAGGGCAAGGAGAGCACCCCAUUCCUGCUUAAGCGCGUGGUCGAGCUGACUGCUGGUGCCUCACUAACGGCGAACAUUGCGCUGGUCAAGAAUAACGCCCGCGUCGGCAGCCAAAUCGCAAAGUCGCUGGCUACCUAUGAUGCCGGUGAGUAGCAAAUUUGUCUGACAAGUCCUUUAUAGCUGUCGGCUACACCGACGAUUAAUAAGACGAGCAUGGG